CCUCGCGUCCCGCUCGGGCAAGAUAGCUAGCUAUCGGAUUCGGUACUGAAUUAUUUCCACUCGCGACCAUUGUGAGGACUCACAUUUGAAAGACAACAACGAAUCAGGGGGUAUUCUAGGCAUAUCACGCUUUUGCUCACGAGGGUAAAUCGCGAUCACCCUACCGAAAGAACAGGUUGAGUUGUCUCUUGGUCUUAUUGUUGCAAUCGAAAGGCAGUUAUCAACACUUCUUUCCCAACGCCAACAUUUAUCUCGAGCCCCAAGCAUGGAUCUGGAUCCGGUCCCUUCAUCGUCGCCUGGAUUUGGCACUCCUGCGCACCCUUUUCGAAAGACCAGACCCAAUCACGCUCCUACGCGAACCUCGAUCCUUCCCAUUCUACUUCCACCCUCUACUCUUCGUCCUGUGGCCUUUCGGACUUUUACGCGGAAGCACAACCUCACGAUCUCAUCAUCUGCUCUCCAGACCUUAGCAAAUUUCGUGGGAAGGAACUGUGGCUCGGGAUGGCGGGAAGAGGGCCUUGCUGAACGUGUGCUGGAUGAAGUUGCCAAGAGCUGGAGGAAAGCCGGAGGUGGUGUGAUUGUUGAUGAAGGUAAAGGGGCCUCAUUGAAGGCCAUCUUGCAAGUCCUGGAGGGUAAUAUGACUGGAGGGAGAAUGGUCGCGGGGAAGAAUACAUCGGCACAUGAGGCCACCUCAAGCCGAAGUCCAAGCUUGAACAGCAGGGGUUUGAUUUCGGAGACUGUUCUUGCAGCAAACACCCUUGAAGGCGGAAAGUCCGAAGAGGCUGACUUGGCUCUACAUCCAAGGCAAUGGUUGAGGAUUAUUGAGGCAUUUGAUAUUCCACGCUUAACAUAUCAUGGGGAUAUGAAGUAUUUCGAGAUUGCUAAAUCAAAGCCCUCACUCUUUCCAUCGCCGUCUCAUAAAACUGCCUUUUUCAGAGACCGCUACAACAUCGUUCACCAACGGCUCCUUCGGAACGAGUCAUUUCAAAAAUCAGCAGGGUUGUCUAGUCAGUCGGUAUCACAGCGAACAUCAACCGGCUACAAACUGACGCCGGUCGCAAAUCUGCUGGGAAGAAGCGGGACUUCCCACCUAAUCCUUGGCUUACUCUCAGUGUCACCCACCGGGGAGCUCUCUCUAAGUGACCAAACCGGAAGUAUUGUUCUUGAUCUGAGUCAUGGGCGAAUUGUCCCGGAAGAUGGUUCUUGGCUUGCCCCUGGCAUGUUUGCUCUUGUAGAUGGGGUCUACGAAGAGGAAGCACAUGUUAAGGGAUCUUCACUCGGUGGUAAUUCUGGCGUUGGUGGAGCCAUCGGAGGGAAAUUCAUAGGCCUUUCUAUUUGUGGGCCUCCAUGUGAGCGCCGCGACAUCACCUUGGGAACAAGCAACCGACAACGCAAUAGUGAAAUCAGCUCAAGCGGAGGUCUGGGCUGGGUAGACUUCCUAGGGGUUGGGAGUGAGCGGGCACAAGGCCCACGCAUGAGACAAAUCCAGUCUCAAUAUUUAGAGAAUGUUCACGACAAUGCUGAAGAUGGUCGCCGACUCAAGAUGGCGAUCAUGAGUGAGGUCAACCUUGACGACAUGGGGACUUUGGAUGCCUUGAAAAAGGUUUUUGGCUACUACAGCAGCCUUAAUGUGGUCGAACUUCCGGUAGCAUUCGUCCUUAUCGGAAAUUUUGUGCAAAAAGCAAUAAUCAACAGCAGUGGCCAGGCAGGCAGUAUCGAGUACAAAGAAUACUUUGAUGCAUUAUCCUUGACACUCUCUGAGUUUCCCCUGCUGCUACAGCAUUCGACCUUCGUUUUCGUCCCAGGUGACAAUGAUCCAUGGUCGUCAGCUUUUUCAGCUGGUGCUGCUUCCACAUUACCGCGCCAUGCUAUUCCCGAGUUGUUCACUACUAGGGUGAGACGUGCGUUUGCCGCAGCAAAUUCACAUGUGGAUCGCUCCAAGACGUCUGAGCCGCCUGGCGAAGCAGUAUGGACUUCUAAUCCUGCGCGUAUGACACUGUUCGGACCUCUCCAUGACAUCGCCAUAUUUCGAGAUGACAUAUCGAGUAGACUUCGACGCAGCGCAAUCAAGGUCGGCCCAGGCGACAUGACUGACACUAAUGGGAACAGUGGCUUGAAAGUCGAAGAUCAGCCAGCUCCUCAAGCUCAAUACACGUCUACUGAUGCCAAUGCAAUGCCUUCUGCAACUUCGAUUGCUCGAAAGCUUGUCAAGACCAUCCUAGAUCAAGGAAACUUGUCGCCUUUCCCACUCUCUCUGCGACCCGUUCUCUGGGACUAUGCGUCUUCACUUCAGCUAUAUCCACUGCCAACCGCGCUGAUCUUGGCUGACCCAGAAUCUGUUCCAUUUUGCAUGACGUACGAAGGCUGCCAUGUCAUGAACCCAGGAAGGGUUGUUUCAGGAAGUGGUCUUACUUGCGUUCAAUGGAUAGAAUAUGACGCUCUCAAAAACCGGGGACGGGUUAGAGAAGAGCGUUACUAGUCAUCUUUUCGCUAGAGCACAAAUGCGACACCUUAGCGACUUAUAAUUCUGGGAAUGAUACUCUAGCCACCGAAUUACCAUUAGUCCGGUUAGGAUGUCACCAGGCAAUAGAAUUUUCCCGAACCCAAUGAGGCAGGAGAACAUUCCUUGUCGGAUAAGGCAAUGACGCGAUGUGGGCUCACCUUCACUUCCAUUUAUCACAUCAUACUUGGAGACCAAUGUUGAAUUCUGCUGAAGUCUCACGCUGUAGAACACUCAUCGGACUUAACCCGCAUUGGAAGCAUAAACCUGGGGUUAACUACCACAAAAUUCCAAGAGGAAUGUGG